AUGGCCUCAGAAAUCCACAUGCCAGGCCCAGUGUGCCUCAUUGAGAACUCCAGUGAGCAGUUGGUGGUCAACCAGGAAGCACUGGAGAUCCUGUCUGCCAUCGAAAAUCCUGUGGUGGUCGUAGCAAUAGUGGGCUUCUACCGCACAGGCAAAUCCUAUCUGAUGAAUAAGCUGGCUGGAAAGCAGAAGGGCUUCUCCCUGGGCUCCACUGUGCAGUCUCACACCAAGGGCAUCUGGAUGUGGUGUGUGCCUCAUCCCCAGAAGCCAGAACAAACCCUGGUUCUGCUUGACACCGAGGGCCUGGAAGACAUAGAGAAGGGUGAUAACCAGAACGACUGCUGGAUCUUUGCCUUGGCAGUCCUCCUCAGCAGCACCUUCAUCUACAACAGCAUGGGAACCAUCAACCAGCAGGCCAUGGACCAGCUGCACUAUGUGACAGAACUGACUGAUCUAAUAAAAUCAAAGUCAUCCCCUGAUCAGAGUGAUGGAGACAACUCAGCUAAUUUUGUGGGCUUUUUUCCUAUCUUUGUGUGGACUCUGAGGGAUUUCUCCCUGGAUCUGGAAGUUAAUGGAAAAUCCAUCACUCCUGAUGAGUACCUGGAGAGUUCACUGACUCAGAAAAAAGGAACUGAUGAGAACACUAAAAAGUUUAAUAUGCCUCGACUGUGUAUCAGGAAGUUCUUCCCAAAGAGGAAGUGCUUCAUCUUUGACAGGCCCGGAGACAGGAAGCAACUUUCCAAACUAGAGUCAAUAUGGGAGGAGCAACUGAAUAAAGAAUUUGUAGAACAAGUUGCAGAAUUCACCUCCUACAUCUUCAGCUAUUCUGGUGUCAAGACUCUGACUGGUGGCAUCACAGUCAAUGGUCCACGUCUAAAAAGCCUGGUACAGACCUACGUCAGUGCCAUCUGCAGUGGAGAACUACCCUGCAUGGAGAAUGCAGUCCUGACUUUGGCCCAGAUAGAGAACUCAGCAGCAGUGCGAAAGGCCAUCACCUACUAUGAAGAACAGAUGAAUCAAAAGAUCCAGAUGCCCACAGAAACCCUCCAGGAGCUGUUGGACCUGCACAGGACCUGUGAGAGGGAGGCCAUUGAGGUCUUCAUGAAGAAUUCUUUCAAGGAUGUAGACCAAAAGUUCCAGGAAGAAUUAGGAGCCCAGCUGGAAGCCAAGAGAGAUGCCUUUGUUAUGAAGAACAUGGACGUGUCAUCUGCUUAUUGCUCAGACUUACUGGAGGGUCUCUUUGGUCAUCUGGAAGAAGAAGUGAAGCAGGGGACAUUAUAUAAACCAGGAGGUUACUACCUUUUUCUUCAAAGGAAACAAGAGCUGGAGAAAAAGUAUAACCAGACUCCUGGAAAGGGACUCCAGGCUGAAGUGAUGCUGAGAAGGUACAUUGAGUCCAAGGAGGAUUUGGCCGAUACACUUCUAAAGAUGGACCAGUCACUCACAGAAAAGGAAAAGCAGAUUGAAGUGGAACGUAUAAAAGCAGAAGCCGCAGAAGCGGCAAACAGAGCAUUGGAGGAAAUGCAGAAGAAGCAUGAGCUGCUGAUGGAACAGAAGGAACAGAGUUAUCAAGAGCACACGAAACAGCUGACUGAGAAGAUGGAGCAGGAACGGAAAGAGUUAAUGGCAGAGCAACAAAGAAUCAUAUCCCUUAAACUUCAGGAACAGGAAAGACUUCUCAGGGAAGGAUUCCGGAAUGAGAGCAUGCUACUACGUCAAGAGAUAGAGAAUAUCAAGAACAUGCCUCCACCUUCACCAUGCACCAUACUUUAA